AUGGUGGAGUUGACCGUCACGUCCUGCUCCUGCAGUCCUGUACAGUCUGCUGAGACGCCCAUCGAGGAGUUUACGCCCACCCCAGCCUUCCCUGCGCUGCAGUACCUGGAGUCUGUGGACGUGGAGGGCGUGGCCUGGAGGGCGGGGCUCCGGACUGGAGACUUCCUCAUCGAGGUGAACGGGGUGAAUGUGGUGAAGGUGGGCCACAAGCAGGUGGUGUCUCUGAUCCGUCAGGGAGGCAACGCGCUGCUGAUGAAGGUGGUCUCUGUCACGCGCAAACCCGAGUCUGAGGAGGUGGUCCGCAAGAAAGCCCCCCCGCCACCCAAGAGGGCCCCCAGCACCACCCUGACCCUACGCUCCAAGUCCAUGACUGCUGAGUUGGAAGAACUGGCUUCUGCUCGGAGGAGGAGAGGAGAGAGGCUGGAUGAGAUGCUGGCCUGCCAGGAGCCCAUGCUGAGAGCCCAGCCCUCAGAAGUGGACUACAGAGCUGCCACCGUCAAACAGCGGCCCACCAGUAGGAGGAUCACACCCGCUGAGAUCAGUUCGCUGUUUGAGAGACAAGGGAUGACGCUCCAUGGAGGCCUGCACCCGGGGGUGGAGAGGGGCCACAUGCAGCUGCCCAGAGGCAUGUCCAGGACCAAGUCCUUUGGUGCAUCUGAGGAGGAGCGUCUGUCUGCCCUGGCCGCUGAGCACCACUUCCCCCGCAGCUCCUCCAUGACGGACAGCCUGCGAGAACACGCCCAGCCCCACCCCAUCCCGCCUCCCCCGCAGAUGGCCCCUCCGCCUCCCCCCUCCCACUACUACCUGGACACGGGCCCUCCCCCGGCGUUCUGCCCUCCCCCUCCUCCCGCCAGGGUCCACAGUCAGGGUCACGACCCGGGGGGGCGCUCCAGCUUCAAGCCCUCUUCCCUGGACCUGCCCUCGGAGGCGGCCUCCCGCCAGAGCUUCAGCCACGCCGAGAGACAGAAGAAGGCUCGCUCCAUGAUCAUCCUGCAAGACUCCUCCCAUCUCCCUGUGGAGCCCACCGACAUACCCCGCCCCUCCGCAACCGGCACACCCCCUGAGCGAAUCAAACGGAAAGGGCGGGUGAUUGACAACCCCUAUGCCAAUGUGGGGCAGUUUAGCAUUGGACUGUACACGCCCACCAAGCCCCAGCGUAAGAAAAGUCCACUUGUCAAACAGUUGCAGGUGGAGGACGCCCAGGAGAGAGCCAGCCUGGCCUUAGCUGCCGGACACUCCCGAGAGCCCUCCCCUUCUGGCCGCCACCCGCACGGCCACGCGCACACACACACCAGCCGUGCAGACUACUACCAGCAGCAGCUGUUGGCGGAGCGCGAGCGCCUACGUGCCCAGGGAGAAGCUCUUCUUCAGGGGAAGGGCCCUUUCGCGGCAGCCAUCGCCGGAGCCGUGAAGGACCGCGAGCGGCGCCUGGAGGAGCGAAGGAAAUCCACCGUCUUCCUGUCCGUGGGGACCAUGGAGGGGGGGUCUGGACCCGACCCCGAGGCCCCCUCCCUCACUCAGUCGCGGUCCAUCGAUGAGCGGAUGCUCACCAGAGAGCUGGGCCAGCUGCCCCCCCCAGCGCUGGCCCUCCGGCCCUCCCUUGGAGGGACCACCUUUAUCCACCCGCUGACGGGCAAGCCCCUGGACCCCAACUCACCCCUGGCUCUUGCGCUGGCCGCAAGGGAGAGGGCACUGACGUCCCAGAGCCAGUCCCCUGCCAGCAGCCCAGAGCCCAGGACUAAGCAGGAGCGGCCUAGCCUCUUCAGCGACACCCAGACCAAAGAGUCUCAGCAGGGGGAAGGGUCACCUCCUUUUCCCCCACAGAGCACCAUGGUGGUGGGGUAUGGUGGAGUGGGACCCCUUCCGGGGGCUGGAGCCGGUAAGGGCCAGUGGGGAACGUCCUCACCCACCCUCCACCGUCAGGAGAUGGAGGGAAGAGCAGAGGAGAGGAAGGAGGAGAAGAGGACAGAGGAUAAAAAGAGUAUGUUAAUCAGUAUCAUGGAUACUUCUCAGCAGAAGACUGCAGGCCUCAUCAUGGUCCAUGCUACCAGUAAUGGCCAGGCGGUAGGGCUUGGGACUGGGCUGGAUCAGGCCCCCACCUCAACAACUUCUGAUCCCACCAAGCCCUCCAGUCCCCGGGCUUCUUCCCCCAGCCCCACACCUUCUCAACCCCAGGCCCAGGCCCAGCCCCAGCCCCAAACACAGGCCCAGCCACAAGCCCAGCCACAGGACCAGACAGCAGCCAGUCCAGGCCAAGAUAAGGCUUUGGUCCAGGGUAGCUCAGAGGAGGAUGUGGAGCCUUACACAGUGACACUGCCCCCCGCUAUGCUGUCAUCCAGUGACGAAGAAACCCGUGAGGAGCUGCGUAAGAUUGGGGUGGUCCCCCCACCAGACGAGUUUGCUAAUGGACUGCUGGCCCAGGCCCAGGCCCAGGCAAAGGCCCAGGCCCAGGCAAAGGCCCAGGCACAGGGGACCCCAACAUCCCCAACAAAACCUGCCACCACCUCCCCAACCACACCUGCGACCCAUAUACCCUUGACCCCCUUGGCCCCCACUCCAAGCCUGACGCCCACCCAGGGCCAGGUUCCCCACCCUCAGCCUACCCCCAGUGGAGCAGCCGUCUCAGGGAAGCCCUCGGAUCCUCUGGAGCCUCCGCCCACGGGGGAGUCUGGCUCAGCGGCCGACUCUGGCGUGGAGGAGGCUGACACCCGCAGCUCCAGCGAGCGGGAACGAGACCAUCACCUGGAGACCACCAGCACCGUCUCCACCGUCUCCAGCAUGUCCACGUUGUCCUCGGAGAGCGGCGAGCCCGCCGACACACACACCACACACACCUCCUACGCAGACGGGCAGACCUUCGUGCUGGACAAGCCACCUGUGCCUCCCAAGCCCCGACUCAAGUCCCAGAUAGGAGGCAGUAAAGGCCCUGUCACCUUCAGGGACCCUCUGCUGAAGCAGAGCUCUGACAGCGAGCUGCUAUCACAACAACAGGCUGCCACUCUGGCCGUAGCCGCGGCUGGGGGGACUGCGCUGGGCUCUGGGGGCCUGGGCUCUGCCUCCAUGUCUGGGCUAGCCCCCGGCAGGCCUCGCUACCUCUUCCAGAGGAGGUCCAAGCUGUGGGGAGACCCUGUGGAGCCUCGAGGCCCCGGGUUGGGGUUAGGGGUGGGGAGUCUGGGGAACUUGGGAGGACUGGGGCUGGGGUUAGGUCUGGGACUGGGAAGUGAGGAAGGAGGGAAACCGUCGGUGAUGGGGGAGCUGAGUAGCAGACUACAGCAACUGAACAAAGACACUAGAUCACUGGGAGAGGAGCCUUUGGGGGCAUCUCUGGACCCUGGGAGGAAGUCACCUGUUACAGGUGCCAGACUUUUCAGCAGUCUAGGAGAGCUGCACAACAUUUCCCAGAGAAGCUACGGCACCACAUACACCAUCCGCCCAGGCAGCCGCUACCCAGUAACACGACGCACACCAAGCCCAGGCGCAGGCUCCCCGGACCGAGGGGACCCGCUCGGCCGACUCACCGGCUUCGGCCUGCCCACUUCCCCCACCACGCCUCCCCACACCAUCCUCAAGUCCUCCAGCCUCAGCCUGCCCCAUGAGCCUAAGGAGGUCCGCUUUGUGAUGCGGAGCUCCAGUGCCCGCUCCCGCUCCCCAUCUCCAUCCCCCUCUCACUCCCCCGGGCUGGGCUCUCCUCUCCUGGCUCUCAGGCCCUUCCACCAGAAGCCCCUCCACCUGUGGAACAAGUAUGACGUGGGGGACUGGUUGGAGAGCAUUAACCUGGGGGAGCACAGAGCAGGCUUCCAGGAACACGAGAUCGAGGGCUCCCAUCUCCCAGCUCUGACCAAGGAUGAUUUUGCGGAGCUAGGCGUGACGCGUGUUGGACACCGCAUGAACAUCGAACGAGCGCUCAAACAGCUGCUGGAGAGCUGACCCCUGCCUUGAGAUAGAGGAAGAGAGGGAGAGGAGAUGGGAGAGUAAGAGGACAGAGAGAAUUGGGGAGAAAUAAGAAAAGAGAGAGAGACAGCCCUCCUCGUUUACUCUGGCUAAAUGUGUAGGUCCUAUCAAUUCAUGUUUAAUUAAUUUUAUUGUAUUUGGAUACAGUUAUUGUUUUAAAAGAAUACCCUGCGCUCGAUACUGAAUUAUGGUCAUUUACUGUACAUGUUACCCACUUGUCUGCUGCCCACAUCAUUGCCUGCAGCCAAUCAGAUUCAGUCAGAUCAGACCUCAGACCACAGACUACUGGGUCGUUACACGAGUUCCAACUGGAACCAAUUUGAUUUGUAUUUAUUUGUGAAAGGUCAAGUGGAUGCCCUGGGACCCUGGUAGCCUGUAUCCUACCUCUCUACCUCUGUUUCUCCCACUCUCUCCCUCCUGUGCUCGGGGCCUCUGACGGCUUUUAUCGUUUGAGUAAAUAAGAAGGUUCCAAACGGAAAGUUCAGUUGCCUUUUCAAAAUAUUUCUACUGAGAUCAGCAGUGGCGAACACAGGAUUAUGGACACAGUAGUGACACUGCUCUGAAAAAAGGUGUCUUCUCUCUACCUGCUCUUAUCUUUCAGCUGUUUGAGCCCAGAAGUGGAGCUCCGCCAAGGAGCCCAUAGGAGAAGCCCCUCCCUCCCCAGGACCCUCUCACGGACUGACUGUGCUAACUAUUAUAUUUGGAGAAUGUUUAACCAACACUAGUGGCUUUUUUCAUAAUCAAACAAUUUGCUUUGGGUUUCCAAAGGGAAUAUAAUAGAUAUAAAUGAUAUAUGUACUUACAUAGCUUUGACAAGAAAAGACUGAACGUUGCAAGAAGAAAUGUAAUAAAUGCAACUGUACCUGUCUCCUACUUAAAAAUGAAGACAGAGAAAACACUUUCAAUUUAUUCCGACAAUAAUUAAGUCAUUUCUACCAGUUAUAUACAUAUAUA